AUGGCGUCCCAGGAUAUCCAGAGCCACCGUGCCGGUGCAGAGGUCAUUACCGGAGACGCCGCAUGCAGGAAGAAGUCUGUUGAGCUGCUGGAGGAGCUCGGCCUCCCCAAGGGCCUGCUUCCAAUGCAGGACAUCCAGGCCGGAGUUCGGGUACAACCGACAGACAGGGUUCAUGUGGCUGGUGCAAGGGAAGAAGAAGGUCGAGCACACGUGACGGCGUUCGCUGAGAAGGGCAAGCUAAGGAAGAUCACCGGCGUGAAGACCAAGGAGCUGAUGCUCUGGCUCAGCGUCGUCGAGGUCUAUAUUCCUGAGGCCUCGCCGGACAAGAUCACCUUCAAGACCAGCACCGGUCUGUCUAACACAUUCGAUGCCCCUGCCUUUGCGCUCGGAGAGUAA